AUGCCUUCCGUCACUCAAAUCGAGCCUGCUGUUGCCUCCCUCCGCCUCAACGGCGAGUACGACAGUCUCGAAGUGCCGAAGAGCACGUCGAAGGCUGGCGGAACCCCGUACAAGUACGCUCGCUUCCUGCCCGAAUGGACGACCAGUCUCAAGCUGCCGCCGCUGGAGCCCUUCGAGCAUGUCGACCCGGGCAAGCGGGCGCUGUCGGACCCAGAGCCUCGCUCAUUCCUCAAGACUGCCAUCGUCAAGGAUAUCACGCCCGAGUUCGGCAGCGAGAUCUCCGGCGACAUCGACCUGACCAAGCUCACUGACCGCGAGAGGGAUCAACUCGCCCUCUUUGUCGCUCAACGCGGCGUCGUCGCCUUCCGCGGACAGGAGAACUUCAUCGACGCCGACUACGAUUGGUGGGUCAAGGACUGGACAUCGUACUUUGGCAGGCCGCACAUCCACCCGGUCUCUGGUCAACCGAAGGGUUACCCCGAGCUCCACCUCGUUUGGCGCGAGGACACGGGCACGACCGACGAGCGCUUCUACGAAGGUCGCCUCACCACCACUACGACUCAUUCGGACGUCUCGUACGAGCUGCAGCCGCCCGGCCUGACCGCGCUCUUCUUGUUCGACACGCCCGCUUCCGGCGGCGACACGCUCUUCUUCGACCAGGUCGAGGCGUACAACCGCUUGUCGCCCUCGUUCCGCGCCUACCUCGAGACGCUUCAGGUUGAACACUCUGGCUACGAGCAGGCCAGCCGCGCAGCCGCUCUUCACGGCGAAAACACCAUCAAGCGUCAGCCGGUCAAGAACGUCCACCCGCUCGUUCGCCGCCAUCCCGUUACUGGCGCCAAGGCGCUCUAUGUCAACCCAGGCUUCUCCCGCCGGAUCGUCGGCCUGAAGCAGGAGGAGAGCGACGGCUUGCUUCGCAUCCUCUACGACCACAUCGAGAAAGGCCACGACUUCCAGGCUCGCGUCCGCUGGGGAGAGCUUGGCACGGUGACCCUCUGGGACAACCGCAUCACGGCUCACUCAGCGCUCAUCGACUGGCACAAGGGCAUGAACGGAGGACGUCGCCACGGCGCCCGUCUCACGCCUCAAGCCGAGAGGCCCUUCAUCUAA